AACUUACAGACAUAAUUUUUUCCCCUCCAAAACCAUCCUCCCUCUCUCCUGUAGCCUUUUUUUUUUCUUUUUUUCUUUUUUUCUUUUGCUUGAAAAAGAAACCACCAGGCAACAUCCAAACGGCAAUGAAACGAAAGCGUCGACGGUGAUUUGUUUGCUAUAUAAAAGAAGGAAACUUCCUCAUAGGAGUUGCUUCUCCUCCCUCAUCUUCUUCUUGGAAGCUUCCGCCAGCUUUGUUCUUGAGGUUUUUUUUUGUCCGUUUCAGUUGUUCACGGCGGCUAGAGGUGGACGGUUGCCGGUUUUUCCAAUUUUCCAUCUGGAGUUCUGGUUUGCUAGGUUUCUUUGUCCGGGUUUUGGGUGUCGUGUUGAUUGGAUUAUAAUGGGAGGUACCAGAGAUUUUGUGGUGGGUUUGCAUGCGAAAGGAAAGAUGGGAUCUGACGGUGGUUUUUGAUGGGAAUUCUGGUUUUGACAGGAAAUGGGUUUUGAAGAAUGGCAUUUUGAGAUUUUAGCUCAGGAGAGCUUUGCUUUGAUUGUAGAUGUGUUUGAAAAAUCUCAACAACUCUAGUCUCUAGGAAUACAUGGAUUGUAAAAAGUGGUAGCAGUGGCACUCCAUUUGGAUGCAAUGGUAAGAAUAUUAGCACCGGGGCUGUUAAUUUGUUCGCUCUUGAUAUCGGUAUCCACAGCGUAUACUAAUUGUGAUGAUGAUGGAAGUUUGUGGAGCACUGAGAGCAUUCUGGAGACACAAAGAGUGAGUGAUUUCUUGAUUGCGGUUGCGUAUUUCUCAAUCCCAAUUGAGCUCCUUUACUUUGUUAGCUGCUCCAACCUGCCAUUCAAAUGGGUCCUUUUUCAGUUCAUGUCCUUCAUUGUGUUAUGUGGCUUGACCCACUUGCUAAACGGCUGGACCUAUCGCCCUCACACAUUUCAACUCAUGAUGUCCCUUACCGUCUUCAAGAUUCUUACUGCUUUGGUCUCAUGUGCCACAGCCAUUACUCUUUUCACCAUGAUUCCCUUGCUUCUCAAAGUGAAGGUGAGAGAAUUCAUGUUGAAGAAGAAGGCAACAGAGCUGGGGCGAGAGGUUGGGCUUAUAAUGAAACAGAGGGAAACUGGGUUGCAUGUUCGCAUGCUUACUCAAGAGAUUCGUAAAUCAUUGGAUAGGCAUACCAUUCUGGAUACAACCUUGGUCGAGCUAUCCAAGACGUUGGAUUUACAGAACUGUGCAGUUUGGAUGCCAAAUGAGACUAAGACGGAGAUGCAUCUAACUCAUGAGCUCAAUGGGGAGAAUUAUACGUUUAAUUAUACUAUACCAAUGACUGAUCCGGAUGUUGUAAGAAUUGAAAGGAGUGAUAGCGUGAAUUUUCUCAGUCCAGAUUCGGUGCUGGCUACUGCAAGCAGCAGAGAGUGUGGUGAAUCAGGACCCGUGGCUGCUAUCCGGAUGCCAAUGCUUCCGGUUUCUAAUUUUAAAGGGGGAACUCCAGAAGAAAUACAGGCUUGUUAUGCUAUAUUGGUUUGCAUUCUUCCAGGCGGAGAACCUAGAGAAUGGAGUAACCAGGCACUAGAGAUAGUUAAGGUUGUUGCUGAUCAGGUGGCUGUGGCAAUCUCUCAUGCUGCAGUGCUUGAAGAGUCCCAACUCAUGAGGGAGAAAUUGGAGGAACAAAAUCGAGCACUGCAACUGGCAAGACAAGAUGCUAUGAGGGCAAGCCAGGCAAGAAAUGCAGUUUUGAAGGUAAUGAGUGAUGGGAUGAGGAAGCCAAUGCACUCAAUUUUGGGCUUGCUUUCGGUGUUGCAGUCUGGAAAUUUGAACGUUGAUCAACAAAUUAUUGUUGAUGCAAUGAUGAAAAGCAGCAACGUCCUAUCGAACUUGAUAAAUGAUGUUAUGGACAUUCCAGUUAAGGAUAGUGGAAGGUUCCAUUUAGAAAUGAAGUCUUUCCGGUUGCAUUCCUUGAUUAAAGAAGUAGCUUCCCUUGCAAAGUGCUUGUGUAUUUAUAGGGGCUUCGGAUUUGCAAUUGAGGUUGAGAAGACGUUGCCUGAUCACGUUAUAGGUGAUGAACGAAGAGUUUUUCAGGUCAUACUGCAUAUGUUUGGGAGCCUCUUGGAUGGCAAUAGUGGACAAGGAACUGUAAUAAUUCGGGUUUUUGAGAAGGGUAGUCUGGGAAGGAAUGAUCAGAGAUGGACUGCCUGGAGGAGUAGCAACUCCAAUGGGGAUGUAUAUAUCAAAUUUGAAAUUAGGAUUGAUAAUAAUAAUUCACAAUCAGAGGGCUCAACAUUGGAACUGCAGCUUGAAGGUAGGAAACACACCAGUGGAGCUGAGGAGAGCUUGAGUUUCAGCAUGUGCCAAAAACUAGUGCAGAUGAUGCAUGGGAACAUAUGGGUGAUCCAAAAUCCUCAUGGUCCUGCCCAAUCCAUGGCACUUGUCCUUAGGUUUCAAGUCCGAUCAUCCAUAGCAAUAACCAUCAGUGAGGCUGGAGAGUCUUCAGAGCAGCCGAGCUCAAACUCUCUUCUCAGGGGCUUGCAAGUUCUACUAGUUGAUAAUGAUGAUAUGAAUAGGGCAGUGACUCGUAAGCUGCUUGAGAAGUUGGGGUGCAUUGUUUCUGCAGUAUCAUCCGGGCUUGAAUGCCUCAAUGCUAUUGCCUCAGCUGCAUCUCCUUUCCAGAUCAUUAUGUUGGAUCUUCAUAUGCCCGAGUUGGAUGGUUAUGAAGUUGCAAUGAGGAUCCGGAAGUUCCGAAGUCGUAGUUGGCCCUUGAUAAUUGCCACCACGGCUAGUGCUGAUGAAGAUGUGUGGGCAAAGUGUACGGAUAUAGGAAUCAAUGGAGUCAUUAAAAAACCGAUUCUUCUGCAGGGGCUUGGCAUGGAACUCCGAAGAGUGUUGAUCCAGGCAAACAAAUUUAUGCGAUGACACUGGCACUCCUAAGUUUUACAGAACUGCAGCUGCGCCUUGAACCUUUUAAGUUAGUUUUGGGUCUUCAUAGGCUGUAAGUACGUACCUCUCUGAGCUUUCAGCACGGAGAUGUUACAUAUACACAACUCUCGUAUAUAUUCAAAAUGGUACACGAAGUUAGUUCCUCUUUCCUCUUUUCACAGUUUAAUAUGCUUGAAUUUCUCUGUUAUU